AAACUGGAAAGAGACUUGUGGUAAAAAGGUCCGGUAUUGGGGUAGAGUUGAGAGAGGCUGGGCAUGCAAUCCAUGCUGUCACUCUUUUCCCUAUGUAUUUUUUUUAGUUUAGAUGUUUCGCUGGUAGGGUUAUUUCAUUGUUCUUCUCUUCCGUUAGCCUGUUCCCCAGUUGAGGGCUAUAGUGUUUUUGGCUAACUUCGGGUAGAGUUUGGGAAAAUGGAGCUUAUGUUAAACAAAGAUGCGAGCUUUGUAUUCCUUUGCCUUUUAGUAGCUGAGUGAUCCUGCGGAAGUUAACAUGUCUGAGUCUAGGUUGCUUCAUCUGUAAAAUAAGAGUGAUGUCUCCUAGGAUUGUUAUGAAGAUUAUAAUGGCAUAACAUGGGAUAACAAUGGACACUCAGAAGGACGUUCAACCUCCAAAGCAGCAACCAAUGAUAUAUAUCUGUGGAGAAUGUCACACAGAAAAUGAAAUAAAAUCUAGGGAUCCAAUCAGAUGCAGAGAAUGUGGAUACAGAAUAAUGUACAAGAAAAGGACUAAAAGAUUGGUCGUUUUUGAUGCUCGAUGAAACCUGGGAAUUUAGAGGAAUGUCUUCAUUUAAUUUGCUCUCUCAAUGUUUCUAAUUGUUGUAUAGCUUUCGAUUUUGCAUACAGUAGUUUCCCCUUAUCUUCAGGGGAUGCAUCCCAAGGCCCCCAGUGGACUCCUGAAACCUCAGAUAGUACCAAAUCUUUAUACACCUUUUUUCUAUAUAUACAUACCGAUGAUAAAGUGUAAUGUAUAAAUUAAGCAUAGCAAGAGAUUAAUAGAACAAUGAUAACAUACUGUAAUAAAGUUAUAUGAAUGUGGUUGGUCUUUCUUGCUCUCAAAAUAUCUUCUUAUACAGUGUACAGUACUAACCUGUUUUUGGAUGUCGUUGACUACAGAUAACUGAAACCACAGAAAGGAAACUUGGAAUGAGUGAGGCACUGCUGUACUUAGGAAUACAACUAUAUACAUAUGAUUUUAUUUUUAAGACCAUAUUGUAUUUAUCUACUAAUAUUUUGUAUAAAGCUAUUUUUUGUUCCGUUACAUGACUUUUUGUUUUACUCUGUAUGUAAUCUGACACACAAUUAAGGGUAAAGUUGCUUACCCAAACCACACUUCUAAUCAAAACCUAGAAUCAUCUGCGGUGCUUGUUAAAAAUGCAAGUUUCUAGAACCCUCUGAAGUUGUGAUUAAAUAAAUUUAUUGGAAACCAC